AUGGGUCAACCAUCUCCCAUCGGCUCCAUCAGUUCGCUCACUAAUAAGAUCGCCCUUAUAACGGGUGCAUCGUCUGGAUUAGGUCGUGCUAUUGCAGAGGCAUAUGCUGCGGCCGGUGCCUAUGUGGUCUCGGCGGACCUAAAACCUGAGCCACAGCAGCAGCCCAACAUUGCGCAGAUCCUCAAGGAUAGUGACCUAACAACUCCGACAGCUGACCUCCUCAAUGUGAAGUGGCCCAGUGAGAAGAAUGGACUACGGAGAGCCGAGUACGUCAAAUGCGACGUGACAGACGAGGAGAGUGUCAAAGAUGCGGUCGCGUUUACGGUGGAGAAGUAUGGCCGUUUGGAUAUCAUGGUGAACAAUGCCGGAAUCGGUGCCGAGAUCAACAAAAAUCUGAAUCCCAGUGGAGUUCGACGGAGAAUCCACGAGACUCCCCUCGCCAUCUUCGACGCCACCCACGCUGUCAAUGCCCGCGGCGUCUGGCUCGGCUGCAAAUACGCCUUGGCCCAGUUCCUCUCGCAAGAGCCCUCGCCCGAGUUCUCGCGCACCGCCACGGGCGCGACGUCCGACGUACACCGUGGCUGGAUCAUCAACCUAGGGUCCAUCCUGUCGGUCUCGGGUUACCCGUUCUUUUCCAGCUACUGCGCGAGCAAAGGGGGAGUGCUCCAGAUUACGCGAACGGCCGCGCUAGAAUAUGCAAAAGACGGGAUUCACGUUAACGCCAUCCUGCCAGGCUUCGCCGACACACACAUUCUUGAAGGCAUGUACGCGAAUGCCGAAGGUGGCAAGGAAAGUGUAGUCAAUGCUUUAUCUGAUGCACUCCCGUGGGGCCGGGUGGGUAGGGUAGAGGACGUCUCGCGCGUUGCGGUCUUCCUUGCGGGAGAAGGCGCAAGCUGGGUGACAGGAGCUGGAGUUCCUGUGGACGGUGGAUGGCUGGCGCGAUAA